AUGAAGAUAUUACAUCUUUUACUACUAUUAGGGAUAGUCUUCUGUGAUGAAAAAGAUGAAUUAAAAAUUCAGCCAUUUAGCUUUCCAAAUCAGCCAAUUGCUGGCCAAAGAGUUUCUGUAAUGUGUGCAACUACAUGGGGUCAACAAUUACAGUUUCAAUGGUUUAAAAAUAAUGUAGAGCUUACUUCAUCUGAGAGGAUACAAAUCGCAUCUUUAUCUUUUGCUUCAAAUAUGGCAAUCGAUUCCUUAACAGAAGAUGACGAUGGAAAUUAUACGUGUAAAGUAACGUCAGGCAUUCUCACUGAUAGUUUUAGUACCGCUUUAUCUGUUUUAGUGCCACCAUCCUGGAAAAACAUGCCCGUAGAUAAGGAAGUACAUCUCGGUCAGACAGUUAUUUUAUUAUGUUAUGCUACUGGCAAGCCUGUUCCUUUAGUUACUUGGACAAAAUCUUCACGAAGAGAAGAUUCAUUUGUAAUAUUACACGAUACUGAUACAUUAACGAUUUACCAGAAUGGCAGUUUAGUAAUAGAGAAUGUUAUGAAGAAAGACGAAGGAUUUUAUACCUGUAAAAUAUCGAAUGGUGUCGGGAAAGACAUCGAAAAAACUGUUUCAGUAACAAUAUAUGGUAAGAAAUAA